AUGCAAAACUUGCAAAAUUUGUUAUCUCUUAUGUAGAAUCCCAACAUGUUGAUUUCUUAUUAAUAAUAGACUCAUUUAUACUAAAGGACGAUCAAAGUAAUACAUUUCUUGAUCAAUAUACAAGAAUCUAGAAAAAGCUUCAAAUAAGACAUUAGAAUUAUUCAUAAUUUCUAAGACAUGGGUGCGUUAAUGGAAACACUAUGUAGGGUAGUAUGAAGGCCAAUACUAUAGUAUCAAUUAAAGUAGCCGAAAAGUAUGCAAACAUAUUAAUUUACAAGCCUGGACCUAUUAAUUCUGAUUUAAAAUCUGAUGAAAUUUUCUUAUUCCAUUAUCCAAAUAAUCACUCCUUUAAUUAGAAAAUAGUAAAAUUAGACCCUGAAGACUAUGUUCUAGUAAACCAUACAAAUAUAUUAUAGGUUGGAAGCGAUUUGAUGAAUAUGUGGCAUUUAGAAUUUGGAUCUGAUUUAACAAUUUUUAGACAGAUAACUUUUGAUGAAAAUUCUUAACCAAUUACAAAUGUCAAUUUACUGAGAGUAAGACUAUUCUAAUUACUUAAUAGUAAGAGAUUUAUAUGAAAAUUUAAAAUUCUACUCGAGGUAUCAUCUAAGUAGAUGAGAAAUGUUUGAUAAAAUAAUGGAUAAUGUUGAUAAAAUCUGCAUUGAAAAGUGAGUUUUAGUUGAAUUGCGAAAACAUUAGAUUAUGGAAGCAUAAACAUUUUCCCGCUAAUUAAGCUAUAAAACAAUUAGAAUAACAUAAUGGCAAAUUCCAUGGCUAGAUAUUGGAUGAAAACUAAAGUGUAGGGUAUUAUAAGGCUGAUUUGAUAAUUAUUGAUAUACAAAUAAAUGGAAAGUGGCAGUUUGAACUAUUAGAUUUGAAAGUAUAUUCAUCUAAGUGAUAUUUUAGACUGCUAGUUUAGAAGAAUUUAAAUAUGUGUUUAAUAAAGCAUAUAAGGGAUGCGGAAAAUUUUAUUGUGACAAAAAUUAUUGUAACAGCAAUCCAGUCUUUAAUCAAUUGCAAUUUGAAAAGGCUAGUUUGCAAUAAUUUCUUAUUGAAUCCUUCAAAGAAGACAGCAUAGAUUGGAGUGAAGUUUGUUGGAGUACUGAUCAGGAAUUGAAACCUAUUUAAGAAAUAGAUGAAGAUAUUAUAUAAUAGAUAAACAAAGUUUCAAAUUAUCCAAAUAGUUUUGGAGGCUCCUUUAUUUAGGAUUUUAAUGGUUCUUAUGAGUCGAUCCUUUCUCACAAUAUCAAUCCUAGAUUGAAUACGACUAUCAUAAACGAAUUAAAUAAGGUCAUCAACAUCAACAUUUUGAAGGGUUUGAUCACCAAUCUAUAUAGAAGUAAAGAGAGCAGUCCAUUUAAAUUAAGAUCAAUAUUCAUCAUUCUACAUUUUGAUUGUUUUACAUAGAUAAUACCAGAAAAGUCAAACAGCUUCUUAGAAUUUGUAUUCAAUUUGGACAAAUAGAGUAAGAAUCAAUUAUCCUAAUAUUUUACUCAUCUUCCAAAUUAGCGAUUUUAAAAUAUUAUUGAAGCUUUAAUUAGGAAUUUGAUAUUGUUUAUUUAGUAUCAGUAAAACCAGCCAAUACAAUUAUUGCUUAAAGCUGACAUCCGUUAUUUGAUGCAGCAACUUGAACUGUUACAAAUAUUUUACAAAUCUAAUGAGAAACUGAAAAGGAUUAAUAAUGAGAAAUUCAUAGUAAAGGAGGUUUCUAAACUAUAUCCAGUAAGAGCAGAAUUGUUGGAAUAUAAAUAAUUUGCUUGUUUGAAUAACAAAUCCCUUGAGAGUUAUUACUUUACGUUUUGUCUAUAUCCAUGGAUUAUUCCUAUUGAAUUUAAAUACCAAAUUUUGACAAUGGAUUCAAGUGUUAAUCAAAGGAGCUAGGGUGAUUUUAUUUGGCAAUAGAUGGGAUUAGCACCCUCCUUAAAAUUGUUGAUAGAUAGAAAUGAUAUUGUGAACAGCGCAUUAGAGUAGUUGUCUAGGAAAGGGAUAAAUCUAAAAUCUAAAUUAUCGAUAGUAUUCAAGGGAGAAUAAGGAAUAGAUUAAGGAGGUUUGACAAGGGAGUUUUUCUCUUUAUUGACUCAGAAGCUUUUCGAUGUUUAAUUUACAAUGUUUGUCACAAGAAAUAAUAAUACAGUACUGUGGUUCAAUAAGCAUCAUAUGGAGAUGCCCAUAAAGUAUGAAUUAAUUGGGAUGUUAUUAGGAUUGGCUCUUUACAAUUAAGGUAUAAUAAUAAUAAAAGAUUUAAGUUCUGCUGGAUGUAAGUUUCCCAUAGUUGGUGUUCAAGAAGUUGAUGAAUGAGACAGUGCAAUUUGAGGAUCUCAAGGAAUUAGAUUUGGACACAUAUAAGGCAUUGAAUCUAUUGAGUGAGUAUGAAAAGGAUGACAUAGAGUAGGCAUUUGCAUUCAAUUUCUCAAUUACUGAAUAUGAUAAUUGGGGAUAGCCCUUGCAAGUUGAAUUGAUAGUAAAUUUUACAUUGAUAAAUAGUAAAAUGGAUCAUAAAUUAUGGUCACACAGAAGAAUAAGGAGUAGUACAUUAAAUUAUGCACUGAAUAUUACUUGAACUAAUCAAUACAAAAGGAGUUCCAAAGAUUUCAUGCAGGAUUUUGGAAAGUGGUGGAUGGAAAUGGUAUAAAGUUGUUGACAGGUGCUGAAUUGUAAACUAUGAUAUUGGGAUAAAAACAUUUGAACAUGUACGAACUGGAAUAGUCAACAAAGUAUGAUGGAUUUGAUAAGAAUUCUGAAUAUAUCAGAACUUUUUGGGCAUAUAUACAUUCUUUGGACGAGUAAUAGAAGAAGAGGUUUUUGUUCUUCUGCACAGGAUCAGAUAGAGUACCAGUGGGAGGAUUAAAGUCAUUGAAGUUUGUUAUUUAAAAGCAUGGCGAAAGUAUAGAUUAUAUUUUAAGAGGAUAGACACUGAAUAAUUGCCAUCAGCACAUACAUGUUUCAAUGUGUUUUUGCUGCCUUAGUAUGAUUGUUUGAACAAGAUGAUGGAGAAGUUGAACAUUGCCCUUGAAAAUAGCGAAGGAUUUGGACUAAUGUGAU